UACUCUGUCGUUAGCAGAUGAUUGGCACGUUCAGUAGCCCGUGAGAUCGCGGCCGGUGGGAGGUGCCGGAUGUGAGGUGCUGGCGAGGAGGCGGGCCAUCCGGUGUGUCGGGGCGGGGGAGGGGGCUCGGUACGCGCAGGGUGGCCGGAGCAGCAUGGCGGAAGACGAGAGCGACCAAGAGUCGGAGCGGCUCGGUGAGGAGCUGGAGGCCAUCGCGGGGCCGCGCAUCCUCGCCGGGGUCUCGCCCGCGCUCAGUAGCCAGUAUUACUGCCGCCGCUUCUGCCAGAUUGUUGAAGACUAUGCUGGAAGAUGGCAGGUUCCUUUGCCUCAGCUUCAGGUGCUUCAGACAGCUCUUUGUUGUUUCACGUCUGCCUGUGUAUCAUUCCCAGCUGAAUGUGAGCACGUACAAUAUGUUUUGAGUAGCCUAGCUUUGAGUUUUUUUGAAUUGCUGCUGUUCUUUGGAAAAGAUGAAUUCUAUGAAGAUCCUUUAAAAGAUAUUCUAGGUUCAAUUCAGGAAUGCCAGAACCUCCUAAGCAGAUACGGAAAUGUGAACCUGGAAUUAGUGACUCGAAUUAUCAGAGAUGGAGGGCCAUGGGAAGAUCCAGUAUUACAAGCAGUUCUUAAAGCAAAGCCUGUAUCUCAGGAGUUAGUUAACAAAUAUUUAAGCUCUGAAAAUCCACUAUUCUUUGAACUACGUGCCAGAUACCUUAUUGCCUGCGAACGCAUCCCAGAGGCAAUGGCUUUUAUCAAAUCUUGCAUAAAUCAUCCAGAAAUCAGUAAAGAUUUGUAUUUCCAUCAAGCUUUUUUCACCUGUCUUUAUAUGUCUCCAGUAGAAGAUCAGCUAUUCCAGGAGCACUUAUUGAGGACUGAUUGCAAGAGUGGAAUUGAGAUCAUCUGCAACACUGAAAAAGAAGGGAAGACUACCUUAGCCUUACAGCUGUGUGAAUCGUUCCUGGUCCCACAGCUCCAAAAUGGGGACAUGUAUUGUAUCUGGGACCUGAUAUUUAUGUGGAGUAAACUGCAGCUUAAAUCUAACCCUUCGAAACAAGUAUUUGUUGAUCAGUGCUACCAGCUUUUAAGGAUAGCUACAAAUGUCAGAGUAAUUUUCCCUUUCAUGAAAGUCAUUAAGGAUGAAGUUGGAGACGAUGGUUUGCAGAUUUGUGUUGAAAUAUGUGGCUGUGCUCUGCAGUUGGACCUUCGUGAUGAUCCAGUUAUGAAAUGUCUCAUAUAUAAAACGAUUGCUCAUUUUUUGCCAAAUGACUUGGAGAUACUCAGAAUUUGUGCGCUUUCUAUCUUUUUUCUUGAGCGCACCUUAGAAUCAUAUUACACUGUUGAGCAUCUAUAUAAAUGUGCAGAUGAAGAGUAUAAUGAGCACACUAGUUCUGUUCAGAACCGUGUACGUUUUGAGUUGCUUCCAAUUUUGAAGAAAGGUUUGUUUUUUGAUCCUGAGUUUUGGAAUUUUUUGAUGAUCAAGCAGAAUUGUUUAUCACUGUUGGGGGAUAAAGCAUCUGUUGGUUUAGGUGCAAGUACACUGGAAAAUUCUGUUGCUAAUACAGAGAAGCCAAUGGAACGUCAGGCUUUGAGUGAAGAAGUCUCUUUAACAGAUCUAAGUAAUGGAGAGCUUGACCCUGAAGACCUCUCUGAAGGUCAUGCCAGAACGAACCAUGUAGCUCUUGCAGCAUCUAAAAUAGAUCAUAAUGUACCAAGACACCGUUGUGCGUUAUGCAACAGGGAAUUUCUUGGUGGUCACAUUGUGAGGCAUGCACAGGCUCACCAGAAAAAGGGCAGUUUUUCAUGUGUAAUAUGCUGUAGGAAAUUCAGGCAAAGAGGAAUCAUGCUGAAGCACUUAAGGAAUCAUGUCAAGAAAAUACAAAGACAGCAUCUUGCUGCUACCCAUCACGAUGAUCAGGAAACCCCUGCUUUAAAUGAAGUAAAUUGCUCUCAUGCAUCCGUCUCUUUUGAAAAUGGGAAUUCUAACAGUUCUAAAGAUAAUGAAUCAGAGGUUGCAGUAGUUCCAAGUACUGAUAUGGAAGUACAAAACCAUGACCAGGAAUUGGAUGUGGCUGAAAAUCAUGUAAGCCAACAGGAUAAUGUUAUUGAAAAUGGCAGUUGUGACAGCUGUUUAAAUAAUCCUCCUGAACCUUUAACUACAGAGAGUUUGCCUGAGGGUGGUGGUAGCCCAAGUCAAGAAUCUCCUAUACUUCAUAGAGUAAAUGGAGCUUUGUGCUCUCAAAAGGAUCCGGAUGUUAUGGAUCAAGAAGGUAACUUCAAGUGCCCUGCCAACAGUUGCAUUAGAGUGUUUAAAAAGAUAAGAUUUCUCAAUAAACAUGCAAGAAAAGCUCACCCAGCUGAUCUGAAGGUGCAGCAGCAUAUAAUGAAGUGGAAUAAAGGAAAAUGUCGGUUCUGUCAGAGAAAGUUUGCAGAUUCUCAGCAUUUCAUAGACCACCUGAAGCGACACGUAUAUCCAAAUGUUUACUUUUGUUUACAUUUUAACUGUAAUCAGAGAUUUAAGCUGUCCACUGAGCUUGCAGAGCAUACGAAAAGUCACAGUGUUUUUAAAGCUCAGUGUAAUUUUGCAGAGUGCUGCGAGCUUUUUGAGGAGCUUCCUUUGCUGUAUGAACAUGAGGCUCAGCAUUAUUUAAACAAAACAGAGUGUUCUGAAGUAAAUGAAGAAAAUUUAGCAGAUACUCUAUCAGAGUCACUUUGUGGUUUUCAAGAAAAAGAUGCAUCUAGUAGUGAAAAAGAAGCUGUAGAUUUACCAGUUCCAACUUGGAAGGCAAGGAAAGACUCUACAGAACCAAAGACGUAUAUCCAGAGUAUUGAGAAGAAAGCAUACAAUGUAAUUCAGAAUGGGAGUGAAAAUUCAUCUGAUGUUACUGCUACAGUUUUAAGCUUGAUAGACCAAAAGAUGCCUAUAGUACAGCCAAAAACUGAAAACUGUAAUGUUCGUGACCAACUGGUCAAUGGGCACAUUGAACUGGAGCAGACUUGUUCAGCUUCAUCAGAUGCAGCUUUGGACAGAGUGGCAGAUGAAACAAGGACAGAAAAUGGGUCAAUACCAGUUUUACAGAACAGCAAUGAUAUACCACAAAACAAUACUGCUGCAGUCUCUCAGUCACCUUCCAAACCAAAUCAGACAACUGAAAACACUUCAUAUGGCUUAAUUGUGACAAAACCAUAUGUUAGACCGUUGCCUCCAAGUUACCUUGAUGAACGAUACAUUAGCAUGCCAAAACGUAGAAAAACUGUAACUGAUAAAAUAGAUUCCCAUUCUGAGCAAGAUAAAGCUUGUAGCAAAUCAGCAGAAAGAUUCAGAUGUGGGAACUGCCUGACCACCUACUGUAACUCAGAAGCACUUGAGGCUCACCUUGCACAAAAGAAAUGUCAGACGCUGUUUGGAUUUGAUUCAGAUGAUGAAAGUGCCUGAUUAAAUGUUGUGGGAAGAUGUAUCAAUUGAGGAGUGGUGUGAGAAAACACUACAUGAAGAAGCAUCAGUUUGCUGUUUCCCAGAUGGCCUUAAUCAUAAAGCAGACUCAAAUUACUAAAGAAAAAUGUGACCUUGAUAAAAGACAAAGCACAUUUUCUAGAUAGAACUCACAGAGGACUAGUAGGAGCUGUGCAGGUUUUGAGUCCCGAAAGGUUGCUACAAACUCCCCAAAGUACCAGUUAUCCAGAAAGCCCCAUGAAUUCCCAGUGUAUGAUCAAAGAACAGCAGCAGAGUGUGUCUGACAUGAGCGCUUAAGAAAAAUAAAACACUCACCUGAGCAGGCAGAGAAGAGAAGUGGCUGUUGCCUUAGAGAAAGAAACACCACUGUAACCUGUGCCACUGGAUUAAAAAGUUGUAAUAAGAGAAACCCUUCCUAUCCAUGCAAGUUGAAAGGAUCUCGCUCCACAUUAUUAAAAAGAUUUAGUUUACA